AUGAUACUGAAUAACUACGAGAUGGAAGGAAUCGUUGAGGUGGUGAACGUCAGUGAGACCACAAACUGUCUGAAGAGGCAUAGGUGUCGCCAUGAAAUGCAACUUCAGGACUGUGUCUUUCGAACGCGUGGUCGAAGCGAUUGGGUGGCCACGGUUGAUCUCGAUGAGCGAAUCAAUAUCAUUCGGGGGACGACAGUCAGGAAAUAUAUCGAGCAAGAAAUUCCGAGCGAUCCUGUCCACUGGAGAAUGGAAGGUUCACGUCUCCCAGUGGAUGAAUGGCACAACACCAGUCAUGUCGCGCCACUGAAUCAUACUACAAAAAGCAUUAUUCCGACGUGCACUAGGGGAUGGACGUUUUUCUUGAAAGAAGCAGAGACAUUUGGAUCAUUCGAGGACACUCACCUCCCUCCUGAUCUAUUGGAAGCGAUUCAGCUGGAGGUCAACCAGAAGGUCCACGAAAUUAUUUGCCGUAAUCUCAAGGCAAACUAUUCCAGAAAGAACAGCGACAUACUAAUAAAGCAGAUUAACUAA